AUGGGAUCACCAAUCGUAUAUCUUCUCAUCGGAAUCUGCUGCCUGGCACUGGUCAAUAAAUCGAACGCCGAGUGCUGCGCCGCCAAGGAGGAAGUGCUCUACAAGAUGGACAAGGGAGAAUGCAGAGAUGUCGGAGGGAUUGGAUACGAUCCGCAGCACUGCCAAACCUACAUCUGCGCGGAUGGGGUCGCUCUGGUGGGCACCUACUGUGGCAAAGGUCCUUGUAACGUUUUCGGCUGCAACUGCGAUGGCGGAUGUCUGACUGGCGACUGGAGCAAGAGUUUCGUGGAGAAAAACCGCUUCUACGGAAUCGAAACUAUUCAAGUUAACAGGCUCCCAUUGUAA